AUGUCUCGCCAGUCCUACGCUCUCGGCAAGGGGUUCAGCUCCAGCUCGGCUUGCCUGGGGAGCAGGGGCAAGGUCUCCUUCGGCUCUGUGUCCCACGGAGGGCACAGGGGACAUGGUGGCUUCAGCAGCAGGAGCCUCUAUAGCUUGGGUGGGGGCAGAAGUGCCUCUCAGGGAGGAUUUGGCGGCGUCUGCAGAGGUUUUGGGGCUGGUGGCCACGCAGGCUUUGGCUACGGCUUAUGCAGGGGCGUAUAUGCCAGCGGCUAUGGUGGUGGGGCCGGAGUCGGCUUCAUUGGAGGCAUCAGUGGUGGUUACGGUGGCUUCGGUGGAGGAUUUGACAGCAUGGUGGGAGGUCAAGGCUUCGCCUCUUGCCCGCUGGGUGGCAUCAGGGAAGUGACUGUCAACCAGAACCUGCUGACCCCGCUCAAGCUGGAGAUUGACCCCGAGAUCCAGAAGGUGCGAACACAGGAGCGGGAGGAGAUGAAGAAGCUCAACAACAAAUUCGCCUCCUUCAUCGACAAGGUCCGGUUCCUUGAGCAGCAGAAUCAGGUCCUGGAGACCAAGUGGAAACUCCUCCAGGAGCAGGGUACCACAGGGACGUGGGGCAGAAGCCUCAACCCCCUCUUUGAAACCUACAUUGCUGGACUGCGGAAGCAGCUGGACACCCUCUCCGGUGAGAAGCACCGUCUGGAGUCCGAGCUGAAAGGCUUCCAAGACAUGCUGGAAGACUUCAAGACCAAGUACGAGGAGGAAAUAAACAAACGGACAUCCGUGGAGAAUGAUUUUGUGCUCCUGAAAAAGGACGUGGAUGGGGUCUACACCAACAAGGUGGAACUUCAGGCAAGACUCGAUUCUCUGGCAGAUGAGAUUAACUUCCUGAAGUAUCUUUACGAGGAGGAGCUGUCUCAGAUGCAGAAGACCGUUUCUGACACCUCUGUGGUCGUCACCAUGGACAAUAACCGAAACCUGGAUCUGGACAGCAUCAUUGCGGAGGUCAAAGCCCAAUACGAGGAGAUCGCCAACCGGAGCCGAGUGGAGGCUGAGUCUUGGUACCAAAGCAAGUAUGAAGAGCUGCAGGUUACUGCAGGAAAACAUGGCGACAGCCUGAAGGACACAAAGAUGGAGAUCUCCGAGCUCAAUCACACAAUCCAGAGGAUACGUGCUGAGAUGGAGAGCGUGAAGAAACAGUGUGAAACUCUGCGGACCUCCAUCGCGGAUGCUGAGGAACGCGGGGAGCUGGCCAUCAAGGAUGCCAGGACCAAACUGACUGACCUGGAGGCCGCCCUGCAGAAGGCGAAGCAAGAGAUGGCCCGGCAGCUCCGCGAGUACCAGGAGCUCAUGAACGUCAAGCUGGCCCUGGACAUCGAGAUUGCGACCUACAGGAAGCUGCUGGAGGGCGAGGAGUGCAGGAUGUCUGGAGAGUGCCAGAGCGCCGUCAGCAUCUCUGUGGUGGGAGGCGGCAGCAGCUCUAUGGGAGGUGGAUACGGCAGCGGACUGCACCUCGGAGGAGGAGGAGGAAUUGGAUUCGGCGCUGGAAGCGGGAGAGGCAGCUGCAGUGCGGGCGGUGCUGGCUUCAGCUACAACCUAGGAGGGGCUGGGUUUGGCUCUGGGGGGGGAUUUGGUGCUGGGGUGGGGAUCAGCGUCGGAGGGACAGGGUUCUCCCCUGUGGGCGGAGGGUCCAGCACCGUGGUGAAGAAGAGCAGCAGCUCCGUGACGGUCAGCCGGAAGGUCUAG